AAAACGUGCUCGGUUGAUCCGGUUGGUGUUUUGGAAAGUUGUGAAAUAACGCCCCAAGGGGGCCCCUUUUCGGUCAGGAUUAACACAAACUACUUGUGUUUCCCUUCGGCCUAUCGGUUCAGUGCAACGUUUCACAGGAAAAACACGAAGUAACAGCGAUUUCCCGGUCGGACCGAACGAACUGCGUAGUGCGGGUGUGUGUGUAACCUUGAACGGGAACGGGAAGUUCCUGGUUCCUUCUCGUGAUCCCCAAACCCCCGGAACCCAAAACGCGCGCCAUGCCAGCAUGUCUGCGACUACGGAAAAACCGCGGUUAUCAUCCAUCCUCAAAUCGCCCUGCCCGCUGCAGGACGGCAAAAGUGCAACACCCCGUAACAACAAGGUCCGGUUCGUUGCGCUGUCCAUCGAGUCGGCACUGCAAGAUGUCGUGGAUAACAACCGGUUAGCAACGUACGAGGAGCUGCUGCAGAAGCUGAAGGAAGAAGACAUCGAUGACGUGCAUUUUAUGGAGCUGUUUAUCGAUGCGAAACGGAGUGUGCCGCUGAUGAAGACGUACUUCACCAUGCUGGUCGAUCAGCUGCUGUCGGUACGCUGGCUAGACCGAUCGGAUGAGUGCAUUGAGGCGUACAAGAAUUUCGUGAUCGAACUCUCGAUCGUGCAAAAGAACUUUUGCCCGAUGACGAUCACGAAACUGGUGAAACUGUUCAUCCCUACACCAACCGCCCGUAACCAGUGGAAUGUCGGAGUGCCGGAAGAUGGGCAACGGUUGCAGCUCGCUUCCGUACACGAUCUUAUCAUGAGACUGACCAAUGUGAUUCCUAUGAUCUUCGAUUGGGUGCUUAAGCAGCUAAAAAAAAAUUUUCCCUACCACAAGAAACCAACCUACGAGGUGACCGGCUACCUGUACAACGUGCUGCAGGUAACGCAGUAUGCCUCGAUCUACUGUGAUGAGCUGCUGGAAAUCGUGUUCCUUCAACUGCUGCAGCUGGAUGUGAAUGUUCCGCGGAGCGAAAUAGAAAAGUUCGAGUACCCCGACGAGGACAUGAUGUUCGACAUGGCACUCAAUGGAGAAGAGGAGGAGGAGGGCAAGGACGAAGGAGAGCGUACGACGAUGAAACAUCCGCUGGCGGAAACGCUCGACUGUUUCAUGCACAUCAUGUUCAACUUUAUCGAGCGAUCAAUCAAAGAGGAAGGUGGCCAGGCGGAUCGAUUGUUUAAGAUCAUGUUCAAACAGUUCGAAACACACGUCCUGCCCACACACAACACGGACCACGUACAGUUUCUGCUGUUUUACUUUUGCAGCUUUAAGUUAUCGUAUGCGGAACAUUUUAUCAGUUCGCUGUGGAAGAACGUUAGCAAUCCCAACAUUUCCCCGACGGUGCGGCAGGCAUCGGUCGGGUAUAUCGCUAGUAUGCUGGCCAGAGCAAAGUUCGUUCCUCUAAGCUUCUUGAAGACAAUGCUGCAAGAGUUGUCCCAGUGGGUGCAUGGCUACAUUCAGCGCAGUGACUCGAUGCACCACAAUCAAACGCUGAAAGCACAUCUGGUAUUUUAUUCCGUUUGUCAGGCCAUCUUUUACGUGGUUGCGUUCCGCAGUAAGCACCUGACGGCGAAUGCGAAGAAUCUGGCCUUCCUCCAAUCACUGCAACUGUCCUCGAUCGUGACGUGUCACCUGAAUCCACUGCGCGUCUGUCUACCGACGGUGGCCACCGCAUUUGCUGGCAUAACGCGGGCCUACCAGCUGGCGUACUGCCACACGAUACUGGAACGCAAUGCACGCCGCAAAUUGGCCACGGUAUACUCGAACAGCAGCGCCCAAACGCCCGCAGACUGUCUCGAUACCUUCUUCCCCUUCGAUCCGUACAUGCUGAUCAAGUCGGGCCAACGCAUUGAACCACUGUAUCUGCAGUAUCAGGCCCAUGAGGUCGAUGAGGAGCAUGGCAUGGGUGGAGGGGCCGAGUACGGGGGGGCGGCUCACGGUAGCGAUGCCAGCUUGGUGAGUGGCCGCAAGCGCUACGAUUCGAACACGGACGAUAUCGAUGACUUUAUCCCCGAGAGUAAGCGACGCAAACACACCGCCACCACCACCACUAGUCACGGGAUGGAUAUGAAUGGCGAGUUUACGUAUUCUUACGGCGUUUCACCGGGAUUCCACAGUUAGGCUAAUAAGAUUGGCCACCAUCUCGCGCGCUUUCGUACGUGUACCGAGGUGCACUCGGGGAGCGUUUAUUUUAAGUGAAUAUCCAGUGCAUUGAGUAUGCAGUUUACGUGUUAAGCUGUAAGGUACGCUAUGAAAUACAGUUUCAAAUCAAAUUCAA